AUGGAGUGCGGAAACGCGUCCAAGCGCGACUGCCCGUACCGCCGCUGCCGCACGUGCUGCAAGGCACGCGGAUUCAACUGCGCGACGCACGUGCGCAGCACGUGGGUCCCCGCGGCGGAGCGGAGAAAGCGCGAGCAGAUGGAGUCCGCCGCGCGGGCGAUGGCGGCGACAAUGCGGCCUGUUCCGCCGCGGACGAAGCGCGCGCGAGGCAGCGGGUCACAGUCUCCCGUGGCGGGACCCAUUCCCAUGACAGUGCCUUAUUCUGCUACCGCUGCCACUGCCGCUGCUGCUGCUACUGCUGCUGCUACUGCUGCUGUCGCUGCUGCGAUGGGCCCUGCUGCGGUGGCGCCUGCUGGUGCUCUCGGGGCGUUGGGAAGCUCAAGUUUUUUGCCAGCCAGUGGGAUGUCGACACCUGUCAUGGCCCAGUCGCCUGCGCGAGGGCCAGUGGCGUCUGUGGUGGUGCCUAUACCCCAGGCGCAGGUGCCGGCUCAGGUGCCUGGUCACGGAGGUGGUGGCUCAGACCGUCCUCAGGAGCGUGCUGCUCAGCACGCUCUCAGUCAACCCCUCCUCACCGCUCUCAACCCCUCUCUCCCACACCAGCACUCCCAGCAGAAGUGGUGGCUCAGACUCUCCUCAGGAGCGUGCGGGUGA